GCACCAGUUACGUAUGACCGUAAAAAAUAGAAACUUCCAAGAUGGCUGAGGCCGUGGACUCCAUGCAUUUCGCAGCAAACAGCAAAACAAAUUCCCCUAAACCCUUGAUAGCCAAGCGGCCACCGGAGAGCCGACCGCAGUCUUCCAGCGACAUUUACCCGCCGCCCCCUAAGAAGGUCCGGGUGGAGGAGAAGGGCCAGAAGCACAGGAAACUGAACGGAGAGGUGUGCGCAGGGGAAAAACACAACGGGAAGCAGAGUUGUGGCAGCCCAGCGAAAUGGAGUUUCGGCCCGGCCAAGGCGAGCCACUCUGCCGCCGCCGCGGUGUCAGUGACUCCCGCACGGAAAAUCUUCAAAAUCAGCAACUUCCUCGCCUCGCCUCAGAAAAUGAAAAAGGCAAAGGAGAAACGACACAAAGAGAAGGAGAAAAGCAGCGAGGCGCAGCAGAGCUCCGCCGUGAGUGUGGAGAGAGUGAGCCCAGCUAGCUGCCAUACAAAGACCGAGAACGGCGACAUGAAAACGCUCCAGAGAGGUGAGGACAGCACUGCACAGCCCGCCACCACUACUCACUACAACACUCUGUUUCACUGCUUUAUCUUCACAUUUUAAACUUCAACUAAGCUUUUACUAAAACAAAAAGCUUUGUUAAAUUAUGACAUAAUUUCUCCAACAUAAGGCCCCAGUGUUUAUUAGGCCCAGAUAGUAAAAUACACGUGGAAAUGUUUGUUCUUUAGUUAUUUUCCUCAGCGUGGAGGUAGCUGAGUUUCACCUCCCUCUUUCUCCUCUCCACAGAUCACCAUGUGAAGGAGAAAGAAAAAGAGAAGAAAAAGGAAAAGAGUAAAGAGUGGAAAAAUCACAGAGUGCCACCUUUACAUGACAUCGCACGAGAAAACGGAGAGGUGAUUUCCACGCAGAAAGGUAGGAAUGAAAUAUUUUAUUAACCGUGUGGAGCCAAAAGUUAAUUGUUAUUAUUAAUUAAGAGAUAAAACACGUUUUGCCUUCAUAUCACCAACCAAGUUUGACUUCUCUAAACUUACUAAAUUAAACACAUUACUGUGGAAAUUAAGGCAGUGUUUUUCAACCUUUUUUCAGCCAUGGUACAUUUUUUCAUUAAAAAAUCAGGAGGCACACAACCAAUCCAAAAUUUUACUAAAUGACACUCAGUAGCCCCAAAUACAGUUUACACAAUGACAAUAUAGUCUCUCAAUUUAUUCAUACUCACCCAGUGUGAAACCUGGGACUGUAGAUGACAGCACAGACACUUGAGAAGUGCAUAUUAUUUGCAGAUACUAAAGUGAAAUUGGAUAAUUUCUCAGGGUACACCUGACUAUCUGUCAUGGCACACUAGUGGUUGAAAAACACUGAAUUAAAGCAUAUAAAGUCAAACAAAUAUUAUAAAAAUUUCAGAAAAAAAUAGUGAAAUGUAUCUCUACUGACCAUAAUAUGAUUUUUUUUCCAAAUUACAAACUUUUAGAAUUCAUAUAAAAUUACAUUCAAAUUUGUGUUCAUAUUUCUUCGUAACUUCACUUAUAUGACUGCGUCUGUUUCCUUUGUUCUCUGUCAAAAUAUGUUUUACAUGUCUUUUACAGACUCGAAGGAGAAGCCCAAAGUUGGUUCAGAGGAAGACCUCUUGCUGAAGAAGCUGAAGAAGAAAAAGAAAAAGAAGCACAAAGACGGCGAGCGAAUGAAGGACAGACACAGUCGACCCAAAAUGUAUCACCGCUCGUGUCAGACAGUGUGUUCAGGGGUGUCUCUGGGCCUGCCUGAGUUCAUCGGUCGGAUUAAUGGUAACAACAACAGCAGCAGUUUACUCCACACUGCAACACCAACACAGCAUCACCAGGAUCCUGCUGCUACCUCUGCCUCCAUCACCUCCAUGGUCAGGGAAAGGCUCGGCUACAACUCCCCGCUGCACUGUGUCCCGCCACCGAGCCUCCCUGGUCUGGAGUUCGGCCGGCUGAUCCACAUCGAGCAGCAGGCCAACGGAGGCGCAUCUGUGGCGCACGCCUACAGCGAGCAGCUCUCCUGUCUGUCUCCAGCUGAGAUGCAGCGUUUCGCCCAGGAGUUUGUGACACUGUCGUUUAGCGAGGAUGACGCCCAGGCGGCGUGUUUUGUGAUGGGUAUCAUUCAUGGAGCUGCUUCCUACCUCCCAGACUUCCUGGACUACUUCUCCUACAAGUUUCCUAACGCACCGGUAAAGAUGGAGGUGCUCGGGAAGAAGGACAUAGAGACAACAACCAUGGCCAACUUCCACUCUCAGGUAUGAUAUUGUCUUUAAACAUAACUCAAAUCCUUUUUCAAGUGGACAGUUGGUGAGUAGUCUCAGCGGGUUCGAGGAUGCUGAAAUGUCCACUUUGAUUGUGUGAAGAGUCUGAGGGUGUGAGCAGCACAGACUGGCAAGCCGAACCAUCGCAUUAACAGCUCUCUCUCUCUCUCUCUCUCUGCGUUUUGAAGUUUUUUUGUGUGUGUCAGUCUUUGUCCAGACCGUCACUGAGUCGAGCUUUUCUUUCCUGGAUUCAAAGAGUUUCAGCUCUCAGGUCGUCUUAUGGAGCAGUGCGCAUUAAUGCCGCGUGUCACACUGUGUCACUUUAUAGAAUGGUUUACUGAAAAACUUUGAGACCUUUUGGUGUUUGUUGCACCUUCAGCUUGAGCUCAGCUUUCAUAUAAGGUGAUUCUUUAGUUAAAGACUCCGCAGUGUGGACAUCAAACUAGUGAUAAUGUGUUUCUUUUUAUUUGUUAGUUUUGAGUCAUUUCAGCACCCCAAGCAUUAAAGUUAUAAACGAACUCAAGUGGCCGUCCCAGCACUAUAAUGAACAACAUCUUUUUACUGCUUCAUGAGGACAUCUGCAGGAAGUUUUAGUCAUCUUUAUAGGUGUUUGCUUUGCUUGAGUUUAACAAACAGAAGUUUUGAUUGCUUUUCUUUCACACAGAAUUGGUUUGAAAUAAUUCCCUCGGUAAUUUCAAACAAUGAAACGCUCGGUCCUAAUCUAAAAUCCUGUCAUAUGAGAAAAGAGAUCAAUGGGAUUUUUAUAUCCGUAGACCAGAAGAGAAACUGCAAACUGCUCAAACUAAUACAAGUUUUUUGAUAAUAUAAUUCUUAAUUAAUCUUUAUAAAAAUUAGUCUGUGUUGGCAGUGUGUGUUCAUAAAAGGAUAGCUUGUGGACAUCCUCUCCUUCAACUAAAGUAACCAGGUCAAGCCACGUUUUGUAUUAAACCAAAAUCUAAUCACUGUCCAAGAGAAAACUACUCUGGUAAAGAAAACUUGAGAGCAGAUGAGAGCUGAUUUGACAGCAAAGAGCACUAGAGUUUGCAUUACUAUAACUGAAGUUUUGACUGCAAACAUAGUUUUGUGUGCAGGGAACACCAAACGCUGGACCUCCCCCACUAUAAAUCGUACCACCAAAAACUGUCAAAUCAAAAGAGACAUAAUUAUGUGUGACAUAAUCCAGCUUCAAAUGCCGUAUCUUUCAAUAUAUGUGACAUAAAUUGAGGUCUAAAUUUAACAUUGACUCUCAUUCUCACACACCAAACUCCUCAUUGGAAUUUUUGGCAACACUUGCCACCUUCAGCCUUAUUGCCUUUCACCUUCAAAUGGGAAACACUGUGUUAAUCAUUAGUUAGUAAUCAUUCAGGCUUUCAGGAUUUAAGAUUAAAAAGAUGUUGCGAUGCUGUUUUUCCUUUCUCACACUGAUCAGAUACCUGAACCUUCAUCAUUUAAAAAGGUGUGCAGGUAUGUUACCUAACCAGCGUCAAAGUGAUCAUGAUUUUUGACAUUCUUAGAUAGCGUGAGGGUUUUGUAGUCUUUUGUAAAAUAUGAACAAUAACAUGCAGGAGAAAUGCCAUAAAGCCUUUUAUAUUUAGUAAUUUGAGAGCUAGAAGGACAUCUUAGUUCUUUGUAGAAAAUAUUUGGUUUCAUGCAGGAAAUGAAAUGUGAACCAAUUUUCUCUCAUUUUUGAUUGUUUCCAAUUUUCGUUGUUCUUGUCCAAUUUCCAGGAUUCACUAAUGUUUCCUUUUUGUGCUCUUCUCUGAGCUAAGAGAGACUUUGUCAGGUGUUUGGGAGCACUCUCACCUAGAUAAGAAAAUCAAACUUCCUGUUGACCGAUCGCAGAGAGUUGAGGAACUGUUUUUUUUGGGUUUUUUUUUUUUAAAUGUUUCUUAUGAAACGUUUAAACUAAGCUUCUCCCACUGAGGCAGAAGUUUAGUUUAUAUGAGGGGCAGCUCAGCUCACAGCCCCUGAUGUGAAAGUACAAACAUACCAGUCCUAAUUAACACUGCACUCUCUGCUAGCACUGGUAUAUUUUUAUGACCUCCUGAAAGGUACCAGAAGUCAUGUCUACUUUGCUGCUUCUCAACAGUAUUUGAGGAGGCAGAGAAGACGACUUGAUUUCUGGUUUAUAAAACAAGGUUGGCUGAUUAGAUUAAUUGCAUUUUAACCAAAUUAGCAUCAUACCAGCUUCGGCCCUCACAUGGUGGAUAGCACCACUAUCUUUUCUGAAUGAAUUCACAUUUUUCUAAUCUCCAGUGACAGCGUAUCAAAUCCAGGCUGGCUGGUGUUCAGUAUAAGCUCUGUUUUGGUGUUUAGAGUUUAAUGUUGCCUCUAACAGAAAUGUCAGCUCUGUUCUGAAAUCUGUAUAUUCCAUCAAACUCAUUUCUACCCAAGAUCACCACAUAUGACAAUAGUGCGUUGAUUUAUGAAUUGAAUCAAUACAUGACUUUUUAUUUGUUUUGACCCUAAUUCAGCCCUUGCUGUUUUUUCUUUCUUGAUAAUUUAAAAAAAGCAGAAAUCCCAAAGUCUUUAGAGACAAUAUUUCACUGAGACAAAUAUUAAAAAUCUGCACUUACCUAAAAAAUAUUGACUCCCGUUCAACCUUUUCCUCUUUAGUUAGAAUUAUGUUGUUAUAUUUUGUCAAAUGCAGAAAACACAAAAAAGUGAUAUCAGCUUACUAUAUCAGCAUCGGCCGCUGAAAAACUGAUAUUGGUCAACCCCUCUGAGAUUAUGACUUCUGGCAUGGAAACUGGCAUGAUGCAUCUGAAUCGAGCCCCCUCCCCCCCCAAAAAAAAACACAAAAAAUAGCUUACAAGGAGGGUUUUUCCCGCAUAGAUCAAUAUUUCUUGUAUUUUUUGCUCCAGGAUAACAUUAAAUCAUUUCAUCAGUCAUGCAUUCAUAGCUGUUGUGGGAUUUUUGAUGAAGGGAAAGAUAAAUCAAAGAUAAAAGAUAGGACUAAAGGAUUAAAAGAAAUAAGAUAGGGGGUCUAUUUUCUGUGUUGGUGGCUUUUUAAAAUAUCUUUAAAGACUAACUCAUUGAUGUCUUAUGAACAUUCUUAUAACUUUAAAAAAAUCUGUUUUUCAGAAACUGAGAAGCACCAAAAAACAUUUGAAUUUGUUGAAUUAGGUAACACAGACUUCAAAGCUUUGACUGCGAGCAGACUCAUUACUCCUACUGUGGUGCUUCGCCUCCUCCGAAGGAAAAACCCUGACAUGGAGUUUAUUGUGUCGCUUGUGUAAAGUGCCUGAAAUAUGCGCAGCGGCACAGUUUUACCUGUAGGUUGAGUGUCACAGACCCUGGGGGCUUCAGUUCUCAAUCUGAAAUCACCACCAGUUUAGAUCAACCAGUGUUACGCUGCAGCACAUUUAAGUGUCUGGGGGGUUUAUUUAUUUGAAGUGUUGACAUAGUAAACAGAAAGGAAUAAAACAUCUAGAAAAAAGGGUGUAUCUUAGUUCAGUUCUGAACGCUGGGAGAGGCAUAAUCUUGUUUUUAUUUCAGUUGAUUUUCCUGACAUGUCCAAAAUGAAAAAUUUGACCCACAGACAUCAAUCAGUCAUAAUCCAGAAAAGCACCUCAAUUAACCCACUGAGGUGCCCUGAGCACACCAUCAUCAGAUAUUACACUUGAAUAUUCAGUGAAACUGAAACCUGCUUUGUGUGAUGUGUCAGAGUAAAUAAAGCACACCACUGUGCACGUAAAAAUUACACCUCAAGGAUGAACAUUUGUGCGCACUCACAUGAAUGAAGAUUUACUUCUGUAUUUAUCAGUUUGACAGUUUACCAAUCACUCUGUCUUUCAGCAGUCCACAGCGAUCCACUGAGCCUAGGGAUGCGAAUUGAUAAGAUUUUAUCGUUAUCGAUGCCAUUAUUGAUUCUGCUUAUCGAUUCAAUCCUUUAACGAUUCCCUUGUCAAUGUGUUUCUUUGUUUAAAAAACAAGUAGACUAGGUUUUCAUUUUUAACUCAAACAUUUACUGAGUCUCUGAUAACAGAAAAAGAUGUAUGCCACCUUCAGUGAGAGUCUAAAAAUAAUCAGAGAAAAAUGCUGUUUGUACGGCACUGUGCAUACGUUAGGGUGCCCAUACUCUGAAUUCCCAACAAGAGGACACUACGGGGCAGACUUUUGAGGGUUUUUUUUUUUUUUUUUGUCGAGUCGAGGGUUUUUUAUGUGCUUCUAACUCAGUUAAACACAUAUCACUCUGAAUUCCCAAAGACAGUGCAUGUGUGCGUCGCAUCAGUGGCUUUAGAAGUGAGUGGAGGGGCAGAGCUGCAGGGAGCACUGAUGCGCUGUUUUAUAAUCAAUGGAUACACCUUCGGGACAUUUGAAGGAUUUUAUAAACUCCUCCCGGACAGCCCCCCAAAAAAGGACAUGUCCGAGUUAAAGAGGACGUAUGGUCACUCUAACAUAAAUACCUUUAAUGCUGUGCUGAGACGGGGCAGCAGCGGCUGACGACCGUCUGAGAGCAUUAAAUACAUGUGACUCCUUAUAUUUGAUGCCGUGCCCCGUUGACAAAUGUUUAAGCACGUUGCUGCUGGUGUUAUCUGUGCUCGACAAACGUUGCACUGUUAUCGUCUGUCUUAGUAAAACUAAGCCAUGCAUUAGCUCGUUUCUGCCUACUUUUCGUGCCGUCCGCCAUGUUUCUUUCUCUGUCUGUGUUCCCGUUUGCGUAGACUGGAUCUUCUGAGACCGUUUUUCAAGGCACCCCUGGAAGAAAGGAAUCAUUAAGGGAAUCGUUAAGAUAAAAUGUACAUGAUGCUGAUGGAUUGAACCAUUUGGAACCUGUUCUCGAUUCCCAUCCCUAACUGAGCCAUAAUAAUAUCACAUAGAUUUUUUUAGCAGGGGUACCAGCUAGAACUGCUAGGGUGUAAAAAUGUAUGUGAUAUGAUUCCCCUUACAUAUACUUUUCUGAAAUGCGGUUAUUUUACUUUACUGCUUACUGAAAAGUAUAAAGGAAGUCUCAGUUGUCUGAGAGGUCUUUGGUAGAUGAGUCAUCUCAUGCUCUUUCACUGGGGCGCCCCUGUUGGUUACACGUUCCUUUGCUCAGGAUUUCCUUAUGAAAUUCACAGGACCAAAAUAUUUCAGUAAUUUGUCUCCUCCUUUUUUCUUUCUUUCUUUGGCAGUUUUCCAUUCUUCAGAGCAACAAUGUCUUGAUUUUCCUGAUGUCUGUUAAGAGUCUUGAGUUUCACUAAAACGCAAAUCUUUGUGUUUAGGUUCUUUUUGAAUAUUAAGUAGAUGCUGCUGUUGUUCCUAACGAUUGCUUCUAGCUUAAAAAUAUGUAUAGAAGCUGCACAACAUAUUUUACAGAAACGUGUCUGUGAACUGACAGCGGGGCAGAUAGGAGGCUUGGUCUGGGAUCUGUCAAGGUGUAAACACUCAGAAACCUGCUGACUUUGACCUUUCUUCUGUGUUGUCUCUCCUGCAGGUGAAGCGGACAUACUCCCAGGGAACAUACCGGGCCGGGGCCAUGCGGCAAGUCAGUCUGGUUGGGGCUGUGGACGAAGAGGUCGGCGACUACUUCCCAGAGUUCAUCAACAUGUUAGAGGAGUCUCCCUUUCUCGAGGUAGGUUGGAGUGAGAGCGUUGUGAGCUGUUUAUGCCUGUCUCAGGUGUCUUUCUGUAAGGUGAUAGUCCAUCGGUUAACAAAGAGUUUUUACACUCUGUUAAUAUAGCGGACCCUCCCUUGGGGAACUUUCUCCAGUCUGCGGCUGCAGAGCCCCACUGAGAGCGACGAUGGCCCCAUCAUGUGGGUCAGACCUGGAGAACAGAUGAUCCCGAUGGCCGACAUGCCAAAAUCGCCCUUCAAAAGGAAAAGGUGAGUCGACACAUUAUUAUCCACAAAUGUCUGAUGGUGCACAGGUAUGCUAAUCUGAACGAGUAUUUUCAUUAAAGCUCCUGUCAGGGACGUUCAGCUCUUAGCAGGACUGAUUCCUCAGCUGCUCAGCUCACAUAAACCUCCUCACACUGGUUUCAAACUUUAAAAAUCAGGAUUUUUAAAAUUUCCAAUCUUUUCACUGAGUUUUUUCUUUUUUUCUCUGUUGGAUAUCAUAAAAAUGAAUCAAAAUGAAUUUCAGUUUAUUUCACAAAUGUGGAGAAACUCCUCAGAGGAGCUAAAAAAAGGUUCAGGGCUCUAAUGGCCCAGCAGUCUCGGUGCCCCACAUAUAGACGCUACAUUCCCCGUCACAGCGGUUGCUGGCUUGAUAUCCGGUCUUGACCUUUAGCUGCAUCCAACCUGGCUCUGCUCCUACAUUUCAGGUCUCUCUUCAGCUGUUAUGUCUAAUAAGGCUUGAAUAAGACUUUAAAGGAUUCACUGGAGAAGUGAAUCACUUCCAGCUCAACGUUGAAGCUCAUCUGCAUGAACAGGUGUUUUACCACCGCUGCUCACUUACUGACUGCUGUGAAUGCAUGUUUUUUAGGUCCACGAACGAAAUAAAGAACCUACAGUAUUUACCCAGAGCCAGCGAGCCCCGGGAGAUGCUGUUUGAGGAUCGGACGAGAGCCCAUGCUGACCACAUCGGUCAGGGGUUUGAAAGACAAACUACUGCUGCUGUUGGUGUGCUGAAGGCCGUGCGCUGUGGAGAGGAGUGAGUGCAUGGCGAUGUUUCUUUACCCCAUCAUAUACUUUACACACAUACUAAAACAUCAGCUGUAUUGGAAAGAAAACUGGGAGAGAGAACAUUUUCUGCUGUUUGAGACACUUGAACAUAUUAAAGGUAACUCUGUUAGGGCGACUACAAUGUUGUUUCUCGGCAAGCACAUGAACCAGGGUGGGAUCUUAACAGUGGGAAUAAAAUGCUUCAUGUAAGAGGAUUUUUUUGUGUUUCCUUACAGCAGUGAGACUCCCGCCCGGAUCACCAAAGAUGUUGUGUGUUUCCACGCUGGAGAUUUCCCAGAUGUGGUCAUGAGGCUGCAGCUGGACCUUCAUGAACCACCUCUGUCUCAGGUGGGUACAUUCAUCACAGCAAGACACAGCAGUUUAUGCCGCCAUGCUGCUUUUUUUCUGCCUCUCAAACGAAGGGAUCCAAGCAUCCUUAAAGUUACCCAUGAGUUACAUUCAGCCCACAGAGACCCUCUGUACUUUCCAGAAGCUUUAGACCCAGAUCUUUGUGAGCAGCUCCACACUUGGUAAUUUGGAGUUGGAGAUGAUUAUUUUGAGGUUCCAUGAAGAUGAUGAUUAUGUUUUCGACAAUAGUUUUGUGGUGUUGUAAUUAAAAAACGCACCUAAACACCUUUUGCGUCGCCUGUAGCUCUGCAUGUUAGCACCUGUUACUGAUAGGACUUGGCUCUCGCUCAUGUUGCUUCCCCUCUAACUCAGAUAUACUGCUGCACUGCACUAUAUGAUCUCAGACAGCCAGUGUUGGCAACAAGCUGCUGUAGGUAGUGGAACAUCUAGCAGCUUAAGAGACACGUAUGUUCAGUAACUGUUGAACAGAGUAGAAGGAAAGUAAACAACGGUGUGGCAUUUGUCAGGUUGUCAGAAAGAAACAGAGGAAUGAUAAUUAUUUUGUCUGCCGUUUGUAGCUCCUCACUAACGUCCUUCAUAAAUUUUUGAUCUGUAAACAGCCUUCAGCGUUUUCUAAAGUGCUUUAAAUGUCAAGUUAUGAGGAGAAAACUUUCUGUUUUCUCUUUGUGAUUAGUUGAACGGUUUCCUAAAUCAGUACCGCUACUCCGCGUGAAACAUGAGGAUGACUUCUUGUCUUUUCUUCUGUAAACGAAGAACUUCAUGUGUCCAUGUUGUUAUUCCACAGUGUGUGCAGUGGAUCGACGAUGCUAAGCUGAACCAGCUGAGGAGGGAGGGGAUCCGAUAUGCCCGAAUUCAACUCUAUCAUGAUGACAUCUACUUCAUCCCCAGAGGAGUCGUCCAUCAGUUCAAAACUGUAUCUGCUGUCUGCAGUCUGGCCUGGCAUAUCAGACUCAAACAAUAUCACCAACAUGAGCUGGAGAAGGAGGAGGAGGAGGAAGAGGAGGAGGAGGAGGAGGAGGAGAAGUGUGUACCAAGAGAAGUCCCACUUCGUACUAAAAGGGAGGAGGAAGAGCAAGAGAAGGAGUGUGUCCCUGUUGUACAGCUGGAGACGAAAGAGGAGGAUGAGGACGCUGAGGGCGCUCAGCCACAAACUCUAGCACAGACUUUUAAGGGGGAAGAGCAAGAGAGAACGGCCGAGGCGAAAGAUUUCUCAACAACACAGUCGGUACCUGCCAUCAAACAGGAGAAAGAUGAAUAUGUGGUCACUAGCACACUGCUGAGCACUUCAGCUGAGGACAAGGAGAAAGAGGAGGGGAAAGGAGCGGAAGAUGAAGGAGUAGAGAUGCAGCUGAUGGGUCAGGAGGAGGGUGGGGUGGACAGUACACCCUUGAAGUCACUACAACAAGAUAGGAAGGAGGAUGAGGAGGAAGAAGAGAGGCAUCAGAAGAUAAUACCAGGUCAAGGUGUGAAAGAGAAAACUAAAGAUAGCAUAACAAGCACUUACAACACACAUCCAAUCAAAAAGGAAAAGGAUAAAGGAAAGAGGGAGAGGGAUGAAAAGGAGAGGAUGAAAGAGAAGGAGAAGAAAGACAAGGAGAGGAGUAAAGAGAAGGAGCGGGAAAAAAAGGACAGAGGGAAAGACAGGGAUAGAGAAAAGGACAGAGGGAAAGAACAGGAGAAGGUAAAGCCUGAGGGAGGCAGAGAGAGCAGUGCAACAGUGCAGCCUGUGCAGCAGAUAAGAAAAAAAGAGGAAGAGGAACGGACAAAAGAGGGCAGCAGAGCGCCUCCGACUUCCCUGCUCACACAGAGAGACGAGAAGUGGGCCAAGGAAUGGGACUCAAAGACACAAACGCAUGUCAAAAGAGAGAAGGAGCACCCAGGGAGCGAUAAAGAGAAGGGAGUGUCUCACAGAGAGGAGGCCCGAGACACCAGCUCUCAUAAACACAAGUCUUCACACGGAAAGAAGGAGAAGAGCGGGCACAGGGAUGGAAACGCGUCGAGCGCGCACGCAAAGCCGGGAAGGGAAGAGGGAAAGACGGGCGCUCCGAAACCCGUGAACAUGCAGAUUAAAAAGGAAGGAAGAAAGGAUAAAGAUGUGAACAGUAAAGAGGAGAAAAAGAAGCCUUCCUCUGGUGCCGCUCCACCACCAGAACACAAACCACCACGGACACUCAUCACCUUUGACCUCUUCAAGCCCAUGGAGGCUCACCAAACUCUGGCGCUCUCUUUAACAGACAAUAGGCCAAAGAGCCACCACCACCACAGUGACUCUCAAAGAGGCUCCUCCUCGAAGCCCGGCUCUGAUUCUCGGACAUUUGUGCCCUCGAAAGGACCAAAAGUAAAGGACUCGGUGCAGGGGAAACCUGCCACACCCCUACAGGACACACGGCCACAGCAGCACUCUUUGAAACAGCCCCUUAAAACACACAUGCCCCAAACACAGAAAGACUUCUUAAUAUGAAUGUCAAGAUGUCUAGUCUUCUUUUUUCUUUCUUUUUUUUUCUUUUUUUUACUGUACAACUUCCGCUGAGGCUUUGUCAAAGUACUCGAAGAUGCAUCCUUUCUCCAGACAUCACCUGGACCUUUUAAUUUGUAAUAACCGAUGCGCAGGUGCAUUCUCUUUCUCUGCUCACAAACGUCACCCAGUGAGGCAGUGAGGAGAGGACGCACUCUUCCAGUAUUUUAUCAGUGCCUAAGAAUGUAAGCUAAGUAGCUCACUUCACGUUUGUUAGCGAAUGUACGUAGGCUCUAUAUAAACUGUUAUGUGACCCAUGUGUCAGUGCCUGUGCACUACUUAGCUUCACUCUUAAAGCACCUAUUUUAGGUACUGGACUCGCCAAUCUGAAAACAACCGUACACGCUCCCCGCUAUAGGAAAUACUCACCUCCACUGCAUCUGAUAUUUCAGGAAGCCACCGCGCUGACACUAAAGCCCCCUUUGUCGCGUCGCCUCAGAUCACGGGGUUCGUUAUUCGAACACUCCAACGUCAGAGCAAGUUGUUGUUUUCAGACUGGAAGUUGUUUGACUCACACAGGGCUGUAUAUGAUACUGUAUGUACCAAAACUGUACAGUAUAGAUGUUAUUAGCACCAAUGUGAGAAAAUGUAUACAGAAAUUGCAUAUAUUUUUUGUAAGACAAGUUUUAUUUUCCAUAGAACUUAUUUAUAUCAUUUACUGUCUGUUUUUAUUUGAAACCAAUGUAUGUGAAAAAAAUUUGCUGUAAAUACAUUUUAUUUCCUAAAAUAAGACUUGGUAGUGUGAUUUAUACUCUGAUCAGAACCUCUCAAUAAAUGGUUCAAAAAUACUGAA